AUCUUCGAACAAACGCAAACGCGGCAGAUAACAAGAUUUUUUCUGAAGGCAACCCAAUACCUAUUUACCAAUUUUCUCCCCUCAAAUAAAGGGAAUUAGACAUCCAGUACUAUAAUAUUAAGAGUUUCAGAUUCUUGUUUUUUUUUUCCUUGAAGAGAUUUUAUUGAUAAGUUUCUCUGAACUGAGACGUGUAUAAUUCAAUGGGGACGCCAGCAUUCCCAAAUCUUGGAAAACACUGCUUCGUGGAUGAUUGCCGGCAGAUCGAUUUCUUGCCUUUUACUUGCGAUUGUUGUCACCAGGUGUUUUGUCUAGAUCAUCGGAGCUAUAAUAGACACCACUGUCCAAAAGCAAACAAGAAUGAUGUUACUGUGGUCGUUUGCCCACUCUGUGCAAAAGGAAUACGCCUUAUUCCUGAUGAAGACCCGAAUAUAACUUGGGAAUCACAUGUAAAUAUCGAGUGUGAUCCAUCAAACUACGAAAAAGCCACAAAGAAAAGAAAAUGUCCGGUACCUGGCUGCAGAGAGAUCUUGACUUUCUCAAACACAAUCAAAUGUCGAGAGUGUACUGUCGAUCAUUGUUUGAAGCAUCGGUUUGGACCUGAUCACAAGUGUCCUGGACGUAAGAAACCAGAAGCAGCAUUCCCAUUUUUGAACUUUCGAACUGGCAGUAGAAAAGAUGAGCCCAAGAAAGCUCCAGCCACUUCAUCCUCAAGUUGGGCUACAAACCUCUUCAAGGCAGCUGAAGCUGGAAUGUCAAAAUUGAGCAGCGAAUUUAGUCAGACGCUGCAGAUGGGAAAGGAAGGAAUCAGCGGCACAAACCGUAGUGGGAGUGGUAGUGGCCAAGUUGAGCAAUGCCCGCAAUGCUCCCUAAAAUUUUCUUCAGUCGCAGCUCUCAUAAGUCAUGUGCAGAAAGUCCAUGAAAAGAAUGGUGUCAUGAACUUGACGGUUGAUGUCUGCCCGAGAUGUAGUAAAGGUUUUCGCGAUCCUGUAUCCCUUGUGGAACACGUUGAAAGGGAACAUAGAGGAACUUCAAAGGCAUAGGGGAGGUUAAUGUAAAGAAAGAAAUUGCAGCCUUUCUUAUUGUGAUUUUUAAUUAAGAACAGUAGUCAGCACAUUUGAGAAUUUUAUUGUUGCAUUGUUCUUUCAAGUGUUAAUGUAUGUAUUUAGGAAUCUUUUUGUGGGAACUCCACCAAGGUAAUUUAAUUUUACA